CAAGGAAAUGUAACACGUCAAACGGAUCCACUCGCUCCAUUUUUCUCUGCAUUUUCUGUCCUUCAUCUCUGCAAAAUUAGGGCACUGUUUGUUAUCGGUUCUUGUUAUAACCUGCAAAAUUAGGGCACAGUUUCAUAUUUCUUGCGCCAGAUCGACCACUUUUCUUUGAGGAUUGAGGCUCGAAAUAGUGAUAGCUUUACUAGACUCGAAGAGCUUUACAAAUUGAUACCAGAUCUGAACAAGGAAAGCACGGUUUCAAGUUUCGUGAAGUGGAGAUCGUACUGGUAAGUAGGGAAACUAGGUUUGAUAGUAUACAGGAGCUUUCAUAAUCGGAAGGCACAACUGUCGUUUCCACUCCAGGUGCUGAGCUCUACAGAUUGAUUGCAGAUCUGUAUCGAGAGUCUUGGGAUUGGGUUUUCGAAAGUGUGAUUUCCACUGGUGAAGGGGAGCUUCAGGGAAGGAAGAUCAAAAUUAGGGUAUACAGGGCUCUGGUUUCGAUCAGUGGAGGGGAAUCAUGGCACGAGAAUUGCCCAAAAUGGAGGGUAUCAAAGGGGCUCCUCGAUCAGCUUUGGUUGCUUUCUCACCUGAUAGUCCUUUCUUGGCGGCUGGAACCAUGGCUGGAGCUGUUGAUCUCUCAUUCAGUUCUUCAGCGAAUUUAGAGAUAUUUAAGCUGGACUUUGAAUCAGAUAAAUGGGAGCUACCAGUUGUUGGAGAGUGCACCAGCAAUGAGAGGUUUAAUAGGCUUUCAUGGGGAAAUAUUGGAUCUGGUACGGAGGAGUACUCACUUGGUCUAAUUGCUGGAGGCUUGGUUGAUGGUUGUGUCAAUUUAUGGAAUCCUUUAUCCCUUAUCAGCUCCAGGAACAAUGAGAAUGCCGUUGUUGCACGCCUCCAGAAACAUACCGGACCGGUUCGUGGAUUGGAGUUUAACAAGAUUAGCCCAAAUCUUUUAGCGUCUGGUGCGGAAGAGGGAGACAUCUGCAUAUGGGAUAUAGCGAAGCCAGCAGAACCAUCACUUUUCCCAUCUCUCAAGGGUGGAUCUGGGGCACAAGGGGAAGUUUCUUUUUUAUCAUGGAAUCCCAAGGUUCAACAUAUAUUGGCAUCUACAUCAUACAGUGGGACCACAGUGAUUUGGGACCUAAAGCGGCAGAAACCAGUAAUCAGCUUUUCAGAUUCUAUUAGAAGGCGAUGUUCUGUUUUUCAGUGGAAUCCUGAAGCUCCUACACAGCUUAUUGUGGCAUCCGAUGACGACAGAUCACCUUCUUUAAGGGUAUGGGAUAUGAGGAAUACAAUAUCGCCGACAAAAGAAUUCAUCGGGCAUUCAAAAGGUGUGAUUGCUAUGUCAUGGUGUCCAAUCGACGGUGCCUUCUUGCUCACUUGUGCAAAGGACAACCGUACAAUUUGCUGGGAUACAUUUACUGGAGAGAUCGUUUGUGAAUUGCCAGCCAGCACCAAUUGGAAUUUUGAUGUCCACUGGUACCCAAAGAUACCAGGAGUGAUAUCUGCAUCAUCCUUUGAUGGAAAAAUUGGCAUUUACAACAUUGAGGCCUGCAGUCGAUUGAUAUCUGGGGAAUUGACUACAUCAGGCUUUCCAGUACAUUUGAGGGCUCCUAAAUGGUUAAAACGACCAGUGGGAGCCUCUUUUGGUUUUGGUGGCAAACUUGCUGCAUUUCACUCGAGCUCUGCGGCACCAGGUGCUACACCGGGUACUUCAGAGGUUUAUGUGCAUAAUUUGAUUACUGAAGACAGUUUGGUGAGGCGGUCCACUGAAUUCGAAACCGCAAUACAAAAUGGAGAAAGAGCAUCAGUGAGGGCAUUGUGUGAACAAAAGUCUGAAGAAUCCCAAUCAGAGGAUGACAGAGAAACAUGGAGCUUUUUGAAGGUAAUGUUCGAUGAUGAAGGUGCAGCCAGGACAAAGCUUCUUGCCCAUCUAGGAUUCACUCUGCCAUCUGAAGAAAGCAAAAAUGUUCAUGAUGAUCUAGGCCAAGCUAUUGCUGAGAGUCUCAGCUUUGAUGAAACUACCUCACAUAGAGCAGAGAUGACUGCAAGUCAUCUGGCAAGAGAAUCUCUCUUCUCCACGGACAAUGGGGAAGACUUCUUCGACAAUCUUGAAAGCCCUACUGCAGAUGUAUUGACUUCACAAUCUAAUGAUGGUUUGGUUGUCGAAGAUGUCAUUCCUAACGGAGUGCAGACACAGGAUGAAAGCGAAGGACCAGGUGCAGGCCAGGACUCUUCAGUUGACGAGGUUAUUCAACGUGCUUUAGUUGUUGGUAACUACAAGGAAGCGGUUUUACAGUGCAUAGCGGCAAACAGAAUGGCAGAUGCUCUGGUUAUUGCUCAUGCUGGUGGUGCUUCCUUGUGGGAAAGCACUCGUGAUCAAUAUCUUAAGAAGUCUCAUUCGUCUUAUCUUAAGGUUGUAUCAGCGAUGGUGAGCAAUGAUCUCUUGAGCCUUGUGAACACUAGGCCCCUGAACUCCUGGAAAGAAACACUUGCCCUCCUUUGUACGUUUGCGCAAAGUGAGGACUGGACUGUUCUCUGUGAUACGCUUGCUUCCAGACUAAUGGCUGUGGGGAACACCUUAGCCGCAACUCUCUGCUACAUCUGUGCUGGAAACAUUGAUAGAACUGUGGAGAUUUGGUCUCAAAGCCUGAACUCUCAGCGUGAGGGGCGAAGCUACAUGGAUCUUCUUCAGGACUUGAUGGAGAAGACUAUUGUCCUCGCUUUAGCCACUGGGCGGAGGCAGUUCAGUUCGUCUUUGUCCAAGCUUGUUGAGAAUUAUGCUGAACUGCUGGCUAGCCAAGGUCAAUUGACAACUGCCAUGGAGUAUCUGAAACUCUUGGGAUCAGAAGACUCUUCUCCUGAACUUACUAUUCUACGAGAUCGGAUCGCGCUUUCUGGAUCAGAGAAUGAAGGGCCCCAAUCCUCGCCCUACGAUAACAUGCAACAGCAAGCCCAACCAUCCCAAACCCUAUAUGGGGCUGAACAUGUGGGCUACAGUGCAGUUGAUAGUUCUCAACAGUAUUAUCAGCCACAACAGCCACAGACCCAUAGUGUACCUGGCAGCCCUUAUUCCGAAGGCUAUCAGCAAACUUUUGGUGCUUCAUAUGGGUCAAGUUAUCAGCCCAUGCAGCCAAGACAACAGCAUCAAGAUUACAUGACCCCUGGUCAGUUUCAGCCAGCAGCAUCACCCCAAGUAUUCCUCCCAUCACAACCUCAAGUUCCACAGAUGACAACUUUUACGCCUGCUCCUGUUGCUGCACAGCCUGUAGUGAGGCCAUUUGUGCCCUCAACUCCGCCCGUGCUGCCAAAUGCAGAACAAUAUCAGCAACCUUCAUUAGGAUCUCGUCUUUAUCCAGGAUCUGCAAACCCAAUGUAUCAAGUAGGGCAGCCUGGUUCAGUUCCAAUGGGUGGUGUGCCAUCUCAACCAGCAAUGGUCCCCAGACCUAACAUGCCAACACAAUCCUUUACUCCUUCCCCCUCGCCUCAAGGCUUUACACCUGUUACUACAAAUCCCGGAUUUGUUCCAAGACCAAACAUGGCACUGGUGCAGCCACCAAGCCCAACACAAGCAGCUCAGGCUCAGCCAGUUGCAGCUCCUCAGGCACCCCCGCCUACUGUACAAACCGUUGAUACUUCAAAUGUUGCUGCUGAACUCAGACCAGUCAUUGCAACAUUAACAAGGCUUUACAAUGAGACUUCAGAAGCACUAGGUGGUGCUCGGGCAAACCCAGUGAAAAAACGUGAAAUUGAGGACAAUUCCAGGAAAAUUGGUGCCUUAUUUGCAAAACUAAACACUGGAGACAUAUCACCGAAUGCUGCCUCAAAACUUGGCCAGCUCUGCCAAGCUCUGGACUCUGGUGACUAUGCAAGUGCUCUCCAUAUCCAGGUUCUUUUGACGACAAGCGAUUGGGAUGAAUGCAACUUCUGGCUUGCAGCCCUCAAGCGAAUGAUCAAAACAAGGCAGAGUGUGAGAUUAGGAUAGAGGUAAUGAUUCAUUCACAAUGAAGAGUUUCUAUGAUCUUCCUGCAAAAGUUCAAAGCAUUGGUCUCCACAGCUGAGUCUUGAAUUUUCUCUCCUGGCACAUGUACACAAAGUUCUCUUUUACAAAAUAACCCAGCCUUUUGUGCCCAAUCCCCCCCUUCUUCGCCCGCAAUUUUAGUGUAUUUCCAGUAGACUGGAAAUUACAGUUCACUGCAUUAUUUUUGCUGGUGAGUUAUUUUUACUCUCCUCAGAUCAAGCAGCUUUCUGUUUACUUUUAUUUUUAUUUUUUUUUUGGCCUGAAAAAGUUAAUUGAGCAGUCAGAAGUGGCUUGUGUGCCCUGUUUCUUGGAUCAUUGUUUCUGUACUCUUGUUUAAGAAUGAAUUUUGGGAAUGUUAAGGGUGCUAUGUUUGGUGCAAUAUGAACACUUUUCAUUAUUUUCUUUCCUGUAAAAAGAGUGGACCACUGGACUGGGAUUGUGGAUAAUGUCUAGUUUCUUGUACCUUUUGAUACGUCAACAUUUUGUUUUAGAGCAAUAUGUUGCAUUUGUUGUUU